GCGCGUGACAGGCGCGCUUCUUCUAAGGAAAGGAAAUUUUAACUAUGGCAGUUACAUUUCACCACAUCCACCUCCGGUGUGAGGACUUGGAUGGUGCAAUUCGUUAUUAUGAAGAGAUGUUUGAUGGGAAGGUCUCCGAAAAGGUUGAGGUCCGCGGGUUACCGAUCGUACGGAUGGAAAUCGGUGGCGAACGGAUCUUCCUCUCACCUAAGCUUGGCGACUUGGAGGUAGAAGACACCAGCGGGAAUCCACGUUGGGGUGUCUAUCAACUCGCUUUUACCGUAGAAGACCUGGACGCUGAGGUCGCGAAGCUUCAAGCGAAGGGCGCGGAACUCGAAGAUCUGAAACCCAAUGGACUCAUGAUGGCGUUUUUCAAGGGACCCGACAACGUUCAAAUUGAACUCAUUGAGGCUUAGCAUCCCCUUGACUGAACGCUUAGCGAGGGUACGAAGGUAUGAAAUUUAGCGAACUCUUCCAUACGAUUCAGGGAGAAGGGCAACUUAUCGGUGUCCCCUCUGUUUUCUUCAGAACGAGUUAUUGCAAUCUGAGAUGUGUUUGGUGUGAUACACCUUACACAUCUUGGACACCUGAAAAUCGGGACAUCUCUGUCGCUGAAAGCGUUGCCGCGAUCUCGCAAUACGGUUGUAAACAUGUUGUUAUCACCGGUGGAGAGCCGUUUAUUCAACCAAAGGAGUUGAUGGCACUCUGUGAGGAAUUGGAUAAGCGGGGACACCACAUCACGAUUGAAACGAACGCCACGCUCUUCGCAGCAGUCGCCGCGCAUCUCAUUUCCAUGAGUCCCAAGUUGCGUAACUCUGAUCCUCCAACAGACAACCGAUUCUUCAAACGUCACGAGCGUGGACGCAUCCGUCCCGAUGUUAUCCGCAAGUUUUUAGAGAAGUAUCCGUGCCAAGUGAAG